AUGUCCACGUCUGCGGACAUCCAGAUCAAUGGCACCGGUCAAGCGGAUCAAGAACGGAUUCUUCGUCCCAGGGCAAUCAAGCCGAGCAAUCCAGCAGUUCUCCGGGCCAUGAGCCAUGAGCAGCUUCCGCUGCAACCAUCGAAUGGAGGGGACAAUGCGCAGAAUCCCAUGCUGUCCGGACAAACCAGUGGACGAUCUACUCCGGUUCCUCCGGAUGCUCCCCCAUCUGCACAAUCCAUAUCUUCUGCGCGGAAACAGCUCAGAGCGCAACAGCGGCGUCGGCUGUUCCCCAGCAUCGACUAUACCUCCCGAGUUUCCCAUUUUGACCCGAACAGCGACUAUCGAGACUUCAAGGGUUUUUACAUACUUUUCUGGAUCGCUCUCACUAUCAUGGCUACGACGACUAUGCUGCGGAACAUCAAGGACACAGGCUACCCUAUGAGAGUCAAGAUCUGGCAGCUCUUUACUGUAAAGGUCUGGGAGCUUGCCUUGGCGGAUGCUUUGAUGGUCUUGACUACGGCCGUGAGCUUGCCUCUACACAAGUUGUUCAAAAGUCGGACCGGGCAGCUGCUCGGGCUUAGAUGGUCGAGAGGUGGAAUGGCUCACAUAAAAGCUAACUUUGAUGGAGUCCAGAGCUUUCUACAGACAAUAUGGUUUACGUUCUGGGUCAGCGUACCUUUCAUUCGUGAAUGGACUUGGACUGCGCAGGUGUUUCUGACACUUCAUACCUUCGUUCUUCUCAUGAAAAUGCACUCGUAUGCCUUUUACAACGGCCAUUUAAGCGAGACGGAGAAAAGGUUGCAAGCUCUCGACGAGCCAUCCACCGCUUCGAAGGCCCCGGCCUAUCAAUACCCAAGCGUUGGACGUACCCCAACCUCCGAAGAUAGACUGAAACAAGCUGCGGAUGAGAAGUCAGAACUUGCCAGUCUGCGAGAAGAUCUGGCCAUAGAGCUAACGUCACCUCUUGGAUCAGUCACCUAUCCCAAGAACUUGACGUGGGGGAAUUAUGCCGACUACAUCUUCUGCCCUACUCUUUGUUACGAGUUAGAGUACCCCCGAACAGAUAAAAUACGUUGGUCACAGCUGGGAUACAAAAUCUGGGCUAUCUUUGGUGUUAUCUUCUUGCUGACAAUCACAUCCGAAGAGUUCAUUCUUCCGGUGCUGACCGAGUCAGCCAUUCGUCUCGAGUCUGUAACAUCAUUUUCCGAGACAGCACUAAUCCUGGCCGAGACGAUCUCAAUGCUCCUUUUCCCCUUUAUGGUCACCUUUCUGCUGGUGUUUCUGGUCAUUUUCGAGUAUGUUCUCGGGGCUUUCGCCGAAUUAACUUGCUUUGCCGACAGGCACUUCUAUUCAGACUGGUGGAACUCCACUGACUGGCUGGAAUUCAGUCGCGAGUGGAACAUUCCAGUACACCAUUUCUUUCGUCGCCAUGUCUACAGCGCUUCUCGCCCGCACAUUGGGAGAAAGAUGGCUACGCUCAUUACCUUCCUCAUCAGCGCCAUCGGCCACGAGAUUGUCUUGGGCUGCAUCACCAAAAAGAUCCGUGGCUACGGCUUCAUAGCUCAGAUGAGCCAACUUCCAAUCGUGGUGCUCCAACGGACGAAAUGGGUCAGGGGCAGGCAUAUUUUUAACAAUGUCUGCUUCUGGUGCUCAAUGAUUUUGGGGCCGAGCAUGAUCUGUUCAUUAUACGUACUCAUUUAG